AACGACUGCUAAAUUGUAUACGAAGUGUAAACACCGUAGCCUGCUUUACUAAAGGUUAGAACUAUUCCAGCGUGAAGUCACCGAUUUCACGUGUUUUCGUAGCCUAUAGUACAGUUAGGCGAGACCAACCUAUUGCAAACGCAGUAAAUAAGUGCCAAUGACUUUGGUUGUUGAGAUACAUUGAUUAUUAUUGACUGCAGAACAGUACGCGUCACACUAAUGUGUAUUAAAUACUACAAACGUUAAACGCCACCGAAGUGCGUGUUUGCAGUCCGCGACGUAAAGCGUGCGCACGCGUUGAGGCUCUGCGCUGAGCCAUCGGUUCGUUCGAAGGGUAUAAUGGAGGAUCCCUCGGCGGCAUUCGAUCGGUUCGUUUGCAAAAACGGUUCGAAAUUUCACUAUCUGAAACUAUGCUUAUUGUUGGAGAAUGGUUGGAGAACUAUUGAUGCAGCACAGUUCAAGCAGAUCAUAAUCUCUGGCCUGAAACCCCUGUAUGGAGAGGUGGGAGUUGCCAUACCGUUUGAUCUGCUGAAGUUCGAUCCAUGCACGCUGACAGGCAUGCUCCGGGUCGGCAGCAGUGGGCUUGUGAAGUUGUGGAGUGCCAUCACUCUUGUUGGUUCCUACCAGAAUGAACUGUGUGCAUUAAGAGUGACUCAGAUCUCACCGUUUCUCAUCUCCUUGUCUGGAAACAGCCGCGAACUGGACCUUCACUAACUCCUCAACCCAGAACUGCAAUACAAAAAAGUCAAGGCUCUCAACAUGAACUUCAUUUGGAGGAGAAAUCUGUUUAUCAAACAGAUCUGCA